UUAUUUUUUCAAAAGUAAACGGUUUUCGGGAAUGCUCGCCAAAAGCUUAGCUGACCCUUGUUUUCGGCCAUGGCCAUGGCUAUGGAGCUUGAGAGCGGCUUGAAUCGCACUCAGGAGAGAAGCAAGGAGAGAGUGAGCUUAGAAGGAGAGAAAGUGAUAUUGGUGCCAUACACGGAAGCUCACGUGCCGAAGUAUCACCAGUGGAUGCAAGACCCGUCACUUCUUGAAGCUACAGGGUCUGAGCCCCUUACCCUCGAUCAGGAAUACCAGAUGCAGCUUUCAUGGUCACAAGACCCCGACAAGCAAACCUUCAUUGUGUUGGAUAAGGACUUGGUUGUUGGAGAGUUUACACAUGGAGAACCCCAUGUUGAAGGUACCUUAAUUUUCACCCAUCAUAAUUUUGAAUUCUUUUAG